AUGCAGCUGGUAAAACGCAUUCUUCCUGACGGAAACGGAAUCAACAAAGCCGAGCUCGAUGAACUUACCGAAAAGCUCAAAAGCAUCACUCCUUCUCCAGGAGCAGAAGGGAAGCCGAAGAAAGCUAAGAAAUCGAAGUUGGUGCUCAAAAAUGCGAAGGGAACAAUUGACCAAGGCCCUGCCGAAAUGGCUGUUCGCGAAGAACUUUUCGACAAAAUCAAAGCUGUAUUCAAAACUCACGGAGCUGAAACGAUUGAUACGCCUGUAUUCGAACUGACGGAUAUUUUAACGAACAAAUACGGCGAGGACUCGAAGCUGAUCUAUAAUGUUGCUAAACCUGAAGGCUCUGACGAGUCACUUUCUCUUAGAUACGACCUGACAGUUCCUUUUGCCCGCUUUGUAGCACAGAACAAAAUCCAGAACAUAAAACGAUACCACAUCGCCAAAGUCUAUCGACGAGAUCAGCCUUACAUGACUAAAGGGCGAUAUCGAGAGUUCUAUCAAUGUGAUUUUGAUAUUGCUGGCUCAAAUUAUGCACCGAUGUUCCCUGAUGCCGAAUGCGUGAAAAUCGCGACAGAGAUAAUCGACUCCCUCGAUAUUGGAAAAUACACAAUCAAACUCAACGAUAGAAGAAUUCUUGAUGGAAUAUUCGCGGCGUGUGGCUGCCCAGACGAGCUUUUCCGAGCCGCAUGCGCGGAAGUUGAUAAACUCGAUAAACUGCCCUGGACAGCGCCAGAUAACGAAGUCAGUGUUCGAUGUGGAAUGAUAAAAAAAGGUCUAACAGAAGAAUGUGCUGACAAGAUCGGCCAGUUUGUUCAACGAUCUGGUGGCCAAGAUCUCGUGAAGGAGUUAUUGGCUGAUCCAGUUCUUGGUGCUAAUAAAUCGGCGACAGAAGGCUUGAAGGAAAUGUCUGUGCUGUUGGAAUAUCUCGAAGCUUGGAAGAUCAUGGACAAAGUGUCAUUCGAUCUCUCAUUAGCGCGUGGUCUCGACUACUACACUGGAGUCAUCUACGAGAUUGUCAUGACGCCUAGCGAAGAGGACAUCAAGACUGCGGAAGUAGGAACCACGGUGGGUGUGGGCUCUGUCGCCGCUGGCGGACGAUACGACGGUCUUGUUGGCUCUCUUGUCGGUGGAAAAGGAAAAUCAAACGUCCCAUGUGUUGGAAUAAGUUUUGGAGUGGAAAGAUUGUACACGCUACUAAAACGAAAGAAAGACGCUUCGUCUAUCAGAACUACUGCGACGCAAGUUUUUGUCAUGUCUGGUCAAAAGAAUAUGCUCAAAGAGAGAGCAGCUAUUCUCAACGAUCUCUGGGAAGCAGGCAUUCCCGCGGAGACGAGUUACAAGCCAAAUCCAAAACUUUUGAACGAUCUGCAAUCUUGUGAGUCCAGGAAUAUUCCAUGGGGAAUCGUAUUUGGAGAAAGAGAAAUCGAAGAAGGAAUAGUUUUGCUGCGAAGCAUCACAUCGCGCGAGGAAGAAAAAGUUGCAAGAAGCGAUUUAGUCAAAAUUUUGAAAGAGAAGCUCGCUGUAUGA